AUGGCAUUGAGAGCCGCUUUGAGAGCGAAGGGCGGUGUGUCAGGUCUUCUCUCCCAGCUGUCCACCUGCAGCAGUCAUGUCAGAAUGUGUGUGCCUCCCGUCACUGUCUCUCAGAGGAGGAACAACUCCACCUCACCUAAGAUCAAAGUGGAUUUUGACCAGAGCACAGGUGUGGCGGUAAUGAACCUGCAGAGUCCUCCUGUCAACAGCCUCAGUUUAGAUUUCCUAACAGAGUUCUGCAUCAGCGUGGAGAAGCUGGAGAUGGAUAGGAGCUGCCGAGGCCUCAUCAUCACCUCGAGCCAGCCCAAGGUGUUCUCAGCCGGGCUGGACAUUAUGGAGAUGUACGGGAAGAGUCCUGAGCACUGUGGAGAGUUCUGGAAAGCCGUUCAGGAGAUGUGGCUGAAACUGUAUAGCUCCAACAUGGUCACCAUAGCUGCAAUCAAUGGUUCCAGUCCUGCGGGUGGCUGUCUGAUGUGUCUGACGUGCGACUACAGAAUAAUGGCGGACGACCCUCGUUACCGCAUUGGCCUUAAUGAGACACAGCUCGGCAUCGUAGCCCCUUUUUGGUUUAAGGACACUAUGAUAAACACAGUGGGCCAUCGAACCACAGAGAUCGCCCUGGCGUUGGGACUGCUCUACAGCCCUUCUGAGGCCCUGAAGAUAGGACUCGUGGACCAGCUGGUACCUGAAGACCAGGUCCUCACCACAGCCACACAGAGCAUGACCAAGUGGUUGGCUAUCCCAGACCACGCCAGACAGAUCACCAAGUCCAUGAUGAGGAAGCCAACCGUCGACAAGCUCACAUCCAACAGGGAGGCCGACAUCCAGUACUUUGUCAGCUUUAUCACCAAAGACUCCAUUCAGAAGUCGCUCCACAUGUAUCUGGAGAUGCUUAAAAAGAGAAAGGGCUAGAAGUGCGAGAGGAGCAUAUGAGAUGACACACACAUCACACAUGCCUUCGGUGUCAUGCGGUCAUUGGCGUUGAUUAUGCUGAGAUCCUCAAAUACAGCUUUCAGCAGCUCACCUUCACAACAGCGUUCAACCAGCUAAAGAGCCACGUGCCGUAACACUGCACGAUCCUCUGACGCCAGACAGUAACCUAGCUAGCUCAGGGGACACAUCCCCAGGAUUGACACUAGUGAUUCAGUGACCAAUACUGUUUUUCUGGUCAACUUUAUAAGUAGUUUAGGUAAAAAGGUACAUCAAGAAAGUAUUAUUUAGUUUCAAACUUUGCAGUUAUUUUGAGGACAGUAAAUAAUUUAAAUUGAUCGGACACUACGCCCUGGGCUCAACUGUCGCUACGCCUGACAAGCUUAAUUUGCAUUCGUUUUUUUAAAUUUUUGAAACAAUGGACAAACCUAUGAAUAGACAACUAAGUAAACAAAACCAUGUGCUGCUAGCAGCCUUAUGCUCAUCUGACUUCUUGUUUCCAGCUGACUCAUUAUAAAAAGAGAACUCCAUAAAAGGGUUUUAAGUCUCUGAGACUAAAGCUUUAUGUCCCAGCAGCAUUAUUCACGUUUUCAAGUGUAGAGAUACUUUGUUCCAGUGUCAUGGUACAGUAAUGAUGUUUGAGAAGCCCACAGUGGGCGAAGCCUCUGUCAUCUCUUUAACAGUUUUGUGUACGUUCAAUUUUUCUGACUGUUCUCUGUGAAUAAACGGGUGAAUUCAUGUGGCCAAUGGA